UAUUAGCUUACUUCACUUCAUUCUUUCACAGCUUGAUAGUAGGAUAGAAAAUGAAACUUGAAAACUAUUUUAAUGAUAAAAUAACAUUGUGUCUUACGUUUCUUCGAUAAAAAAUAUUUUAUUUCGUAUUUUCGACCACGUAUUUACGAAUAAUUGAGUGUUUUACUAUAAAAAGGCGGGAUCAAUCCAGUCGCUGUACUGUAAAAAAACGUUGGUCAUACAUUUGCACAUUUUGCGCGGGAACUCAUUACGCGAAUUAAAAUUUCGUAUUAUUAUUGAUUUUGUACUAUAUUUCUACUUUUCGAAAUGACUGACGCUCUGUGCCAUUUAGUAGUGGACGGUAAUGAGGUGAUGGAGAUUAAAUUAGUGAGGUCUGCAGAGGAUAUUGAGAAAGAUGAUUGUAGUUUCGCCCCAGAAAUGUGUCACCAAGUGUUCGGGGAGAACGAAAAUAUAUUUGGCUAUUCAGAUUUGCAGAUUCGUUUGUAUUACAGUGCAGGAAGCCUUCAAACAUAUCUGGGCAUUGAAUACACGGAUAAGAUUGAACCAAGUAAAUCUGAGGGAUUGAAAGCGGAUGACGUAGAAGGAGCUCUAAAAAAAGUUUUGGCACCGGGUUACACCACCAACUUAGAUCAAUUUGUGUCUUUGUUGAAAAAGGAUGAAUCUUUUACACCUUAUGGGCGGUUGUUAUAUGCAUUUACAGUUACACCACGUGAUGGUGAAGAUAAACGUACAUUUGAAGUUUAUUAUACUGAAACAUCCACUUCAAACUUCCUGUCCUUCCAUCAACGUCUGCAGACGUUCCUGUUGUGGUAUGUUGAUGCUGCUUCAUUCAUAGACGUUGAUGAUGACCAGUGGACAUUCUUUACAGUGUACGAGAAAUACCAGUCAGAGGAAGGUGGAUGGCGAUAUGCAACAGCAGGAUAUGCUACAGUAUACCGGUACUAUGCAUACCCCCACCACAUUCGUCCCCGUGUGUCACAAGUACUUGUUCUACCUCCAUUCCGUAAAAUGGGGGUGUGUGCACAUCUUUUGCAGACUAUUUAUUCCCAUUUUGUAACUCUCCCAGAAGUAGUUGAUAUUACUGUGGAAGACCCUUCAGAAGACUUUCAAAGAAUUAGGGAUUAUGUAGAUGCCAAGAACUGUCAGUCACUACCAGCUUUCCAGCCUGCAAAGAUAUUUCAAGGCUUUUCUACGGAGAUGGCCAAUCAAGCUUGUAGCAAGUACAAAAUAAACAAAAAGCAGACUCGACGUGUCUAUGAGAUUCUUCGCCUGAAAAACACCAAUACCUCUGACAAGACUGCUUAUCUCAGCUAUAGACUGGAUGUCAAGAACAGACUCAAUGCACCAUUUCAGAAAAAGAAGCUGGAAAUGAAAAAGCUACAGAAAGUGCUUAAACCAGAAGAGUAUGCAGCAACAUUAACUGCCACUGGAGUAGGCGAGACCCAGAACCGCCUCGCCAGUCAUUACCAGACUUUGGAGCAUGAAUAUCGUCGGGUUAUUCACAGGAUGGAGAUGGAUUUCGAUUGAUCAAUUAUAGGCAUAAAACAUUUUAUUUUAACUCUGGUCCAAAAAAUACAAAUGAAAUAUUAAUUUUCAGUCACCAGUUUUAAUGAUUGUAUAAUAAAAUGAAUUUGUAAAAUAGAUUCUGUCAAAAAAUUGUUGUAUUCAUCUUUUGUCUUAUUUUAUUCUUGAACAUGAUUGUAACUGUUGUGUUUUGAAUUACUUUAUAUGCAAUUAAUGAUGUUUGUGAUUGAUUAUGCUUCAUUUUAUGUAUUAUUAUAAUUAAUUUGAAUUUAUCACUAGCCCACUGAUGAGUUAUGAUUACAUUUGUUAGAUUACAAUUCUGUCGCCAGUCUUAAUAAAUGAUAGAAAUACAAAUAAAUCUGGCAAGUGAUGGAUUGACCAACCUCAGGAGGACAACUUGUUACAUUCAUCACAUUUAAAUAUGCUCACUUUUAUAUCUUUUUUACGAUGCCUAUCGCUGAAUACAAUAUCUAAUUAUUA